CCCGUUUAAAAAAGAAAGUGAGCUAGGGAUCAGCAUUUGAGUACAGAUCGGUUAAAAGAUUUGGAGAACAAAGAUGGUGAGAGCUCCUUGCUGUGACAAGGUGGGAUUAAAGAAGGGGCCUUGGACUACUGAAGAAGAUCAGAUUUUAAUGUCCUUCAUCCAAAAAUAUGGCCAUGAAAAUUGGCGUGCGCUUCCAAAGCAAGCCGGUCUAUUGAGAUGUGGGAAGAGUUGCAGACUCCGGUGGAUAAACUACUUGCGUCCAGAUAUAAAGAGAGGAAACUUCAGCACAGAAGAAGAGGAAACUAUCCUGAAGUUGCAUGAAAUGCUUGGAAAUAAGUGGUCAGCAAUUGCAGCAAAAUUACCAGGACGAACCGACAAUGAAAUAAAAAAUGUGUGGCACACCCACUUGAAGAAAAGAUUGAACCGUAAUCAGGCCAACCCGGAAAUAAUCCUACCUACACCAACAAACCAUUUCAAUGCCCUAAGUAAAUCACCAUCCUCCAGCUGCUUGAAUCUUCCCUCACAUGAUCUAGAGUUUGAGACUGAUCCAUCAUACACAUCAUUGUCACCACAGACAUCUUCAAGUGAUUUUUCAUCGGUCACAGAUGCCUCUCUUGCAACCAUGGAUCCAACCAAUCAGUACAUGAUGGACCAUAUUGAGGUUGAGGAUAUGUCGGAAAGUUUUCCAGUGAUCGAUGACAGUCUGUGGUCUGAAUCACCUUUGCCCGAGAACAUUAGCGUGCCAUCUGAUGUAUUUGCAAUUAGUGAUCAUGAUAAAUCACAAACUUCUCAAUAUCUUUUCAAUUCAAUUGAAGUAGUGGAACCAGGGUAUGAUCAUUUUGGUUCGAUUAUUGAUGAUGGCAUGGAGUUUUGGUACAACCUUUUCAUCAGAGCAGGGGGUUCACCGGAAUCAUCGGAGUUUUGAAAAGUCUUUGCUUUGAUCUGUUUUGGCGGCUUGGAGUAUUGGAAUGCCUUUGUGUCAUGUCUUUGACCGUUAAUUGCAACAACAAAAGGACAGCAAAGUGUCGGGGCAAAUGUGUCUCCAAGUCCAAAAGCCAGAAUUAAUCAUCCAUUGACGAACAAAAAAGCAGAUGGAUCUGGCAAUGAGGUUAAAGUUGAAAAGUAUCUAAGCUACGUAAAAGAAAGAUCGACAUAGAACCAAUAUCGUUGUAAAGUGAUGGGAGGACUUCAGUACAAUGGAGUGUAUUUUCUUGAAUUCUUAUAAGAUCUUUCAUUGAACUAAUUAGAAAUUAUGUUUCUUCACCUUAGUCAUGUCAAUUCUUUUAAGAUUAAUAUAAUGAAGAUGACAGCAUUAUUUAUAUUCUUCCAUUAA